UGCCGUUGUUCAACAAGAGGACGAAACAGAGGACCGCGUCCAUACUAUCAGCAGAAAUUUUGUUGUCCUUGAUCGUCACCGGGGAUUUAAUCUUCGCGAGUUCCUCUAUCGAAACUGUAGACGACAUCCUAGUAUACCUGCUAACAUGAUAUCGCGGGUCAUUGAGCUUCACGAAGAACCCUAAUAUACCCUUAGUUUAAUACUAACUGAAUGGGCGUAAUUGCACGAGCGCAAGACCACAAAUAUCGCGCUCAUGGCAGGGUAUCCCCCGCCACCCUCCUUCGGGCCUGCCCCAGGGCAGAGGGGCCAGGCAGUUCCUUUCCAAUACUCGACGCCACAGAACACCGAAUAUGCAUACGCCAGACCUUCCCAAUCGACAAAUAUGUCAGCGUUCGAACAAAAUGCCACUGCCCUUGCCCCUGGGCUUGAAUAUAACGCCAGGCCCCCUCCAUUCAAUCCGAUUGCCCGAAAUUCUGGAGCGCCUCCUCUCCCAAUAUAUGGCGGGAUGGACCCCAGUGCACUAUACCAGAUACCAGUAUGGGCUACACAGGCCAACCUCCAUGAGAUUCAAAACCCGCUCGAGUCUUCAACGGUGGAUGUUGUUUCUGGGCAAGGACUGUUCGCCAUGCAGCCGGAAUCGGUGGCACAAGGUCGCGCUGGACCGUCGGCGAUUCGGCCGGGGCUACACGCCGUAGAGGAAGGCGAACUUAGCGAAGGCGAAUAUGAGGAGAACAAUGUGGAAGGCAUUCCGGGGCCAGCUCGAGGGGAGGCAGGAAGCUAUAAUGACUAUCGAAAGGAGCGUAGACGACCUUCAAAUGGAACGUUAAACCAACGGCAGAGCAGUUUUGAGAAGAUGACGAUCGAUCCAUAUGGCCGGUCUCGAAAUAUGCACCGUCAGAGCUCGGAUUCAUAUUCUCCGCCAUCCUCGGGUCCUUCUGCUUCAGUUAUGGCAGCGGGCCGGCAACCAGACUUGCCACUCGAAGAUGUAACAGUAAACUUGGCCCACAUACGAGAAGAAGAGAAACGGAUGUUUAGCAAACAGAAUGGGGAAUCGAUCACGAACCGCCAGGAACAAAAUACAAAGCAAGGUCUAGACAACCGCGGUAGUUCCACUUCUACGAUUGUCAACCAUGUAAAAUCGGUUCAGGAUGCGAGGCGACAAGCACAAAAUGCUGUUCUGAAUCUCAUACCGUUAAAAGUGCGCUUCCAAAAUUUCGUCGACGAAGGAAUUGAUGAAGAGAUUAUCAGAAGUGUUUUUGAUGACAUUGGCAUGUCUUCAUCUUAUUCCUCCACUAAGCAACUAAGCGGUGGAAUUGGACAAGCGCAACACACGGCUGGCUUUACCCCACAAGCGGUUGCAAGUGAUGUGUCCGAUUCUAUUAUUACUGGCUCUCCUCAAAUUCACUCCAACCUCAAAACAAACACUAUCAAUACGAAUAGCAACAGUCAACAGACCACCAGCAACGCUGUUCCAAUAACAAACAAAGGUGAAGAGCGCAAAGAUAGGAUAGCUCGAUUACUAGAAGAGAAAAGUAAGAAGCUAUUGAACUUACCACAGCCCAUGGCGCCUGCCACCGCGAUCUUGGCCGAUAAUGCUCUGGCAAUUAAAUCAACAGCUUCCCAAUCUACGACUAAGGUGGAUAAAGAGAAAUUGCUAAAGCAAAAAAUGGAGGCUCUCCAGAAAUCACGAGAAGCACGGGCACAGAAAGCUACCGCAAAACAAACCACUGCAUCUAGUAUGCAGUCUGGAGCAACCGGGCCUGGCCAACAUCACAUCCCUCAAUCCCAGAUCACCCACCUUUCCACCUCAGUGCCUAUCACUUCACCACCUGACGAUAUUCGAACUUACUCGGCCUCCCCACAAUAUCCAGAGCCCCAAACAUCGAUGCCUUCAAUUCCAGGCCUUUUUCUUUCCGGUACAACCGGCACCUUACAACCAAACAUACAUCAGAGCACAUCGAUUAUUCAAAAUACCAAUCUCCGUAAACGUCCUGUCGCGUCCGACUUCGAUUCUAAUGCUCCCACUAAUACAACAUACAAACGUCCAUUCGGCCACAACAGACAUGAUCAACGUUUGGUGAUAGAUGUCAGCGAGGAAGAAUCUGACAACGAGUCCGCCGAAAUGGAGAUAGAUGAUCAAGUGGGUGAUAUAUUGCCACGGAACAUUCAGGCGGCAAAUCCAUUUAGACCAGGCUUACGGGAUCUCCCUCCGCUUCCGGAUUUCCCUCCUAAGAAAUCAUUUGCUGCUCCAUCAUCAACCCUUAGCACCCCGCCGAGCCAUCAGGCUCCACAACGAACUUCUACCCGCCCUGAAGAUCUCAAAAAGAAAGAAUUUGAAAUUCAGGAGAUGAGAAGAAAGAUUGCCGAAGCCGAACAACGGAAGAAAGCAAAGCUCGUUGCAAGUGGAUCACAAACCCCUAUGAAUAAAACAUCUACACCAAUCGAGGAUAUAUCAGCAAAGGAUGCGAGUAUAUCAAACAAGAUCCAUACUUCGGUUCAUAUCGAGCGUCUCAUCGAUGAUGCUAGUCGGAGAAUAGAGGAAGAGCAAGAAAAACUUGCACGAGCUCAGGAACUUGAAGAGCACAGUGCCAAAGAUCUCAAGCAAAGAGAGUCGGAGCAAAGGCGCCAGCGUCGAGCUAGGAUAGCUGCAGACCUUCCUGUUGUUGACGCAGAGGUCCAGGAAUCACAGAGGAGACUUGCGGGUUUGAGGGAAGAAAUGGAAAAUCUAGAGCUUGCUGUUCAGAAACGAUUGGAAGAAAAGCGCAGACUUGCCGAGGAAAUGGAGAAACUGAGCCACGAGGUUGACGAUCAACUCGAAGCCCAAAAGGACCACUUGAUAAGCUUAACUAGUGAUAUAGCUAUGGGACAAAAAGGUGAUUCACAAGUGCUUCCAGAGCCGGUCGGCGCAGCCUCCUUUUCGGUCGACACCAACGCGGAAACUGUGGCAGGUCAACAGGAUAUUUCAAUGUCGGAUUAUCAGCCAAGCUCUGAAUCGCCAGUUACGGAACGGACAACAACUGAAGGCCUGGCCUCCAAAGAGCCAAGUCUUCCGCCCGCCGAUGAAGAGUCAUCUGGCAGCCAACCUCAACUACGUGAUUCUACAAGCGAUGAAUUAUUACCACCGUCCAAUUUACCAGAUGGCCAGUCCUCUGAAGUCAUUAUGGCAGGUCUGCCUAUCAAGCCUAUGUCUGAGCAAGAUGCCGCCAAUGCGGCUGACACCAACAUCAUGGAACCCCAGGCUUCACAGCUAAGCCUUCAAGUUCAAGACCAAUUACAAACACCUCCGAUGGACUUGAAUAUUGACGAUACUCAUCCGCCCAGCCAGCAAGAUGCAGAAGACGAGGUCGACAUGGAAGAAAGCAUUGCAGAUGACGCAGAGUCUACGCAAUCCAAGGAUAGGGAAAUCGAUGAACCCUAUCCGCCUGACCACAAUUCAAUUUCUGAUACCCAAGGCCAAAAUGCCCCAGUGCCUGAAUCACUUGGCUUGGAGUCAAACCUUGCUAGCACCGCCGACGGCGAUUCUGAUACCUACGAACCUCCGGAAGCCACUCCUCCGUCAACCACCGAGCUUAUUGCUACUAAUUCUCCCCCAUUUAGCCCACAAUCUCCUGAAUCGACCCAGGACGCUUCUAGUAGUGACCAAGAAAUGUCCUUAGCGCCACUUGAAGGCUCAACUGAACCUGCAGAACCAGUAGGGACACAAUUAUCCCGUAUAUCAAAUGAUGAAGACGAAACCGAAAAGGCUCCGGCACAGAAGUCUUUUUUCACACCCUACGAGAGCCCUUUAAAGCGAUUUAAAGCGUACCGUUUCCACCCCGAAUUCACCAAGCAAGUCCCUGGCGGCUACAAGUCAUUAACUUACAGCAACAACAUUGAUGAUCGCAAAGAGCUUUGUCGGUUCGAGCUGGCAGGUGGUAUUUGUAACGACGUGUCAUGCGAGUUCCAACAUUUUCGAGAUAUUGUCCUUCCUGAUGAGUUAAUUCUGGUAUCGCUUGGUGACAGCUCAGGCUACAAGGAAGAAGACAAGACGAGAUUUAUCAAAGGUUUGAAGGAAGUGCUUCAAGACCUGCGUAUCUCCAAGAUUCGCGAUUUCCAGGUCAUUGCCGCUAAGAUUUGCACAUUCCGACGAAACAUGUUCGAAGACAGCUCCAAGGUCUUGCUGCUUGACAGUCCAGCCAUCUAGGCAUCAUACUCACACAGGGCGGCCAUCCAAUGCGUACAGACUACUGGCGAGGCUUUUGCCGCGCCGGAUGUCUUUGAUUCUAGCUCUUUAGAGCACGACGACCCAAGCUUCAUACAUUUCGUAACUUUCCAAAGUUCCCAAUUUUCCUUUGUCUUUCAACGGACACAUAAGCCAAUUCUCAGUGGCAUUUGCAUGGCGGCGUUCAUAUAACCAUUGUAUUUGGUACACGGCUUGCUCUGUACAUGAUAUCCAACGGCGCUCGAGAGAAAGAGGAGGACGAUGAAGCCUUGUAAAUGUAUUGUUGUACAGUACAUAAGUGGAAUACCAUAGUUCCGAUCGGGACAAUAGGCUAGGCAGUAAUAAAAAUGAUCCAUUCA